ACACACUUCUCCUGAGCUUGUCACAGGGUUUUCAAUUUAGGGUUCGUGGACGUUUGGGGGGCAGAAAUUUGCAGUAGAGUUGUCAGAGGUCCAGCAAUGGAGGUGAUAACGGAAGGAGUCAAUAACUUAACCUUGGCCGAUUCAGCUGCUCCAGGAUACCAGAGGAACAGAAUCCAAGUUUCCAACACCAAGAAGCCUCUCUUUUUCUAUGUCAAUCUCGCCAAGAGGUAUAUGCAGCAGUUCAACGAAGUGGAGCUUUCUGCUCUUGGGAUGGCUAUCGCCACUGUUGUUACUGUUGCCGAGAUCUUGAAGAACAAUGGAUUUGCAGUCGAGAACCGCAAGUUUCCCGAUCAACGGUUCCUUGGUUCAUUUUCAGCUGUUCGAGAUUCGAAUUUUAAAUGCUCCAACGUGCAGAAAUUAACACGCAAGUUUUGCAGGAAUCACAACUUCGACUAUUGACAUGAGGGAGGAUGCUGCAGCUCGUCCGAUUCCGAAACCAAAGAUUGAAAGUCUGAGAAGUUUGAUGAGUUGAUUGCUGCUGUUAAAGAAGAAGAAGAAGAAGAAGAAGAAGAAGAGAACGAUGAGGAGAACUCAGCUUAGUCCAAAUGGAUCUGUUUUCCUUGGCUUCCUUGUGGAUGAAGCUUCAACUUUGUGUCCUAGUUGCUAAGACAAAGUUAAAUUCCUCGACGUAGUAUUUUCUCUUGUAGAAACAUUGCGGCAAUGCUGUUGAAUGUCGAAAAUGGUAGCUAUUCGAAACAACAAUUUCUCUUUCCAUUCCCUCAAACAAAAGUUAGUUAAAACAAUGACCAUGUGCUUGUUUUUCUAACCUUCCAAAAACGAAGGCUCACUGAACUAAAAGCCUGAAAACAAAUCUUUCCAAGGUAAAAGAAGGACAAGAACAAAACUGCUUAUGAGAAUAAAUGAAAUCCAAAUAAAAAUGCUCUUUCAGCACUUUCUAUGCUUCUUGGUCACCCUCCACAAGAAUCCGCUUGCAAGCCUCGUAACACAUGAACGAUAUCCCAGCAGCCGGGACAAGCUUCAUGCAGCUUGGCCCUAACCCUUUGUACAGGCCCUUAACCCCUUCUUUCUCAAGUAUGCUUGCUAAGGCAUGUAGCACGUCCCUGUACACUUGCCUCCCACAUAGGGCUCCUACCUGCAUAUGCUUGCGAGCCACCUCAAGUGGGAAAGUGGCACUGCUUGAUAUAGCACCAGCUGCUGAUCCAAUCAACAGGGUCUCAAUGUUGCCAAUCUUCUCUUGCUUUGCAAGCUUCCUGUAUGCCUUCCGCAGUGAGUCGUAAGCAAAGUAAUUUGUUGCGGCGUAAGGAACAACUCCGAUGAGGCUCGGAGCUAGGCCUCGGUAGAGCUCGCCGGGGCCUUCUUCGCUCAGUAUUUUCAUGAAUGCAUCUAAUAUGCCUUUGUAUACACC